AUGAUUCGUAUCAUGCUUGUGUGCAAUGUUGUUUGUCAAUCGGCCGAUCGGUUUUGGGCAGUGGUCUAUCCGAAAUCCUAUCAUGCUCACGCGAGACGUUAUGUGGCAAUAUGCUAUUUGUUCAGUUCGGUCUACCCCAUCAUGGUGACGUUAACCCGUUUUCUAAGCAUGGAACUGGUGGACGGAAUUUGUCAGUCAAAACCAUUGGCUGUGGACGAUCUAAUCAUCCUAGCUAUUGACAGCAGUUUGCGCUACACCAUUCCGAUAGUCUUUAUUCUCGUGUUCAACAUUUCCGUCACAUUGAGACUGCAUAGUUUGGGACCGAGUAGAACAAAACCAUAUCACACUGACAGUAUAUCGAUUGAUACCGUGAGCGAGACUAGGAACAGUGUGCCAAACUCAGCAUUAGUACCAUCAUCGGAUCAUAUGUCGAUAUUUCUCAGCGCAAUUUUAAUGACGAUUGAAAUGACCGUGUUGGAAUUACUCUCAGUCACCUUAUCUGUGCUGAAUUAUCUUAAACUGGUAGAUUUCUCGAUCAAUUCACUGGCUCGUUUGUAUUACUGCGUCUUUGUGGCUUUGUUUGCCGCGUUCAAUCCGUGUCUCGAAAUUCUCACCAUAACUAAUUUGAGGCGUGCAAUGUUGAAUCACUGGAAGGGUUGUUUUUCCCCAUGUAAAGUAAAUACGUGCGAGAAUGCAAUUGCCCGUUAA